AUGAGGGACUUGGUCUCUAGAGAAGUGAGAGCAUAUGCAGGGGGAGGAAUCAACAUCAAGUGCAGAUAUGAGGAUGAAUAUAAAGACAAACCAAAAUCUUUCUGUAAGAACGGAGCUGAUCAGUGGUGUUUUAAUCAAAUAACAACAAAACUAAACAGUGAAUGGUCACAUGAUGGCAGAUUCUCAGUUCAUGACAGCAGAAGUGCAGGAUUCUUCAGUGUGUUUAUCAGAGAGCUGAUUACGGAGGACACUGGAACAUAUUCGUGUGCUGUUGUUGUGUCUGAUGAAAUAAAGACCUACACUGUAGUGAAGCUGAAUGUAGCAGAAGAUCUGUUCUAUGAGAAGUCCAUCAGUAAGACUGUUCAUGUAGGAGGAGAUUUGAACAUCAGCUGUAAAUACCCAGAAUCCCUCAGGAGUGACCCCAAGUUUCUCUGCAGGAAGACGCUGCAACAAGCUGCUUGUUUUUAUAAAGGAUCUGUUAAAGAAAGAAGAAAGUAUGUAAAUGAGGGGAAAUUCUCCCUGUAUGAUGACAGAGCAAAACAAAUCUUCACUGUUGGUAUUAGAAAUGUGACUGAGCAGGACUCUGGUGAAUACUGGUGUGGAGCUGAAGGAGCCGGGACAUCUGAUCAUGGACACAAGGUUUAUUUCACACAGAUCAACCUGAGAGCUACUGAUCCACAUGUCCCAGUUUCAACCCUGAAGCCAAAACAACCUUCAUCAUCAUCGUCAUCACCACCAUCAUCAUCAUCACCACGAUCAUCAUCGUUGUCAUCAUCAUCUGAGCCUACAGCAGCUUCUCCUCUAGCAGGAUUUCCAGCUUCCACUGUGAUCCCUGUGUUUAUAAUUCUGCUGCUGUUUCUGAUUGGAAUCUCAUUCGUCUUUGUGAUUGUACAAAGAAGACGCAAGAUGCGAGCAGGUAGAGCUGCAACUGCCAGGAGUUUUAUCGAAAGCUCAGGAAACAACCAAGAGUAUGAGGAAAUUAAAGGCACUGCACGACUUUCUGCAUCAGAUGCUGGAACUUUCACAGAUUUUUCUUCUGCACAACGACCAACAAUCUCCUCUGAUCCUCAAACUAUUUAUACAAACACAGAGAUACCCACAAGUCCCUGUGAUUCUGUUGUUUAUUCUACUGUUCAACUACCUACAUCUAACUCCACAGCUCAGUUACCCACAUGUGUCUCAGCGGAGAAAUCUGAUGAAAGUCUGAAUUACGCAACAGUGAGAUUUCACACCAAGGCCACCGGUUCCUCCGAUUAUCUUCAAGAAGGAAGAGCUCUCAUGUGACUCUGCUUCAGUCAAUCAUGUUACUUCAUGUGGCUAGUUUCCCAUCAUUAGGGAUCUUUUGCUUUCUUCAGGGGUGGAACGGUGGUGUAGUGGUUAGCACUGUUUCCUCACAGCAAGAAGGUUCUGGGUUCAAGCCCAGUGGCCAACAGAGGCCUUUCUGUGUGGAGUUUGCAUGUUCUCCCUGUGUCUGUGUGUUUGCUCCGGUUUCCCCCACAUGCAGGUUUGGCUAAUUGAUGGCUGUUGGUGUGAGUAUGAAUUGUUGUCUUGUCUCUGUGUGUCAGCCCUGUGAUGAUCUGGUGACUUGUCCAGGGUCUUCCCUGCCUCUUGCCCACAGUCAGCUGGGAUAGGCUCCAGCUUACCUGCAACCCUGCACAGGAUAAGCUGUUACAAACAGGAUGGAUGGAUGGAUGCUUUCUUCAGAUAUUUUUUUCUUCUUCAACAAAAUAUAUGAAGCCCAAAUGCGUCACUCGAUAGGUGAUGAGGUCAUGUCAGGUAGCUGGAAAUCUACAGGCCAUGUUUGAAGUAAAGAUCAGUACAUUGUUCUGUUGCUUAAAGUGCACCUGAGAGCAAAAUUAUGUUCUAAAAUAGGUUUCUGUAAUAAAACUACAAACACCACUGAUCACUUUCAUGAUAGAACUAACCACCAACAGAACGAAACUCUUUGUGCGCAGCUGCAUCAAUCUGGCCAAGUACCAAGCCGCUGUCAGUGGCCGCCAUAUUUGCCGUGACGUCACAUGCAGAACGACUGCUCGGCCUUCUAUGCAGCUAUGGCCGACGAAACAGAGCGAUUUUCUGAUCAGUCUUCAGAAACUGAGGCCCUUUUUGAGGUUGACACUGGACACGUUGGAUUACAUGAAGACGAAGCAGUGGGUGGCAUUUUUCCUUAUCGUUUUGAGCUGUAUCUGGACGAUUUGCCUGCAGAAGGCGAGAUUUCCGACUCGGACAGACGACAAUGACGGGACUGAAGCAGAUGACGUCGUGAUCCCAGCUGACAUUGGGAGGCUCCAAAGCACUGAAUGGUAAUAUAAUAAUAAUAAUAGAUCUAGU